UCGAGUUUCCUGUAUCUAUCACACAUAGAAACCAUGCCCGUCCUCCGUCGGCAUUAUUCUGGCCUGCGGCACCGCACGCAUGAAACAUGGGGCAAGCUACCCUGGUAGGGAGACGCUGGCGACUCCAUUGCCCGCGACUUUCAACACCACUGAGAUGAUCGUGGAGACCCCAAGGGCCCUUCCCAUACCUACAACACAUACUGGACACUGGCGACAAUGCGUCGCCCUGGUCCCUCCGUCCCUCCGUCCGAGAGGCUCCACCUCGACGCGUCCUCUUCUAACUCGCUGCCCUGGCCGUUGUCUUCCCCUCGCUAGCCCUGACCGUCAAACUGACGAGAGGUUGAGGGGCAUUGACGUACCAAGACCAUGUCAAGCUUCGAUCGUGUCGUCUUGUCAGUCAGCUUUCGCUCCACUAAUAAUAAAGGCUUCACUCAGACCCAGGCAAGCCCGCACUGACAAUGCGGUGUGUUGCAACGCGAUCGUCUUCGGGAAAUUAAAGCCACCCAGAGUGGCCUGCGACCAUCCUAAAAGCGUCCCACAGAUCUCUCCCAGCAGCUGCCCUAGUCGUUGCGGCUUCCGGACGGGCUAGUCCCAAAUACACUUGGCACCACCAAGGCCAGUAGGGGGCACGACACUGGGUUUUUACCUGCGGCACUGCUUGGCGACAAGCUGAACUGACUGACGGUGGCUUGCUACGACGGCCA